GGUGGAUGACGUCACUGCAUGAGGGCUUGGCUGGUGAGGCGAGGGGGGGUGCUGAUCAUGGACUCCCCUCUCUAGUUACCGGGGGUGGUGAGGAGCAUGUCUGUCCGGUCAUCAUGUGUACUCUGACCUCUCCAGAUCCGGAACCUGAGUUCCAGUUGUUCUCUGCAGAAGAAGAGCCGGAGGAAGGGGUGGCGAGGGAGUCGGACCGAGACAGUGCUGUGGAAAGCUCCCAGGGGUCCGAAACCUCUGAGGGUCCCGCCACACUCGAGGAAAAGGAUGACACACUAGGAGACCUCUUUUUCUCUGGAGAGAAGUGUGCUCAGACGAGUGUCUCUGUGACCUCUGACCUGUCCACACGCUCCUCGGCUUCUCUGAACGAGGAGCAGUUUGAGGACUACGGAGAGGGAGAGGAAGCAGACUGCACGGCCAGCAGCCCCUCACCUGACGAUGAGACUCGAACCAACGGCUACUCUGACCUCGGCUCAUCUGUGCCGUCAAGCGCGGGUCAGACCCCUCGUAAAGUGCGUCACCACUACGCCGGAGAUCUCAUGGACGUUUACUGCUCCCAGUGCAGCAAAAAGGUCAACCUGCUCAAUGACCUGGAGGCUCGCCUCAAACACCUCAGGGCUAGCAGCCCCAGCAGAAAAAUGUCCAGCACAGCUUUUGGAAGGCAGUUGCUCCACCACAGCAACCUGAGCAGCAGAACCGGCAGCACCGAGGACCUUUUUCCAGACGGCAUGGACUCCUGUGACACUGACCUCCAUGAGAAGCUAGAAGUUCAGAUACUGACGCAGCUGCACUGUGUUUGUAGAGUGAAACAUCUGGAGGAGGAGAACAGCAGCAUGUCUCUGAACAUGAACCGACUCAAGUCACAGACAGAAAGACUGGAUGAGGAGAAACAAAAGAUGACAGACAAGCUGGAAGACACAAGUCUGAGGCUGAAGGAUGAGAUGGACCUCUACAAGAAGAUGAUGGAAAAACUCAAACAGAGCAGGCAACAGUACCAGAAGGAGAAGGACGCCAUGCAGGAGCUGAUCGAGGACCUGCGCCGAGAGUUGGAGCACCUGCAGCUCUACAAGCUGGAGGCGGAGAAGCCUGGCCGCAGCCGCAGCGCCUCCUCUGGGCUUGCAGACUUCAGCAGCAGAACCAGAGAGGUGGAGCUCGAGCACGAGGUCAAGAGGCUCAAACAGGAGAAUCAGAAGAUGAAGGAGCAGAACGAUGAGCUGAACGGUCAGAUCAUCAGCCUCAGUUUGUUCGAGGCCAAGAACCUGUUUGCUACUCAGACCAAGGCCCAGUCCCUGGCAGCCGAGAUCGACACCGCCUCCAAAGACCAGUUGGUGGAAGCUCUGAAGGAGCAGGAGGAAAUCAACCUGCGCCUGCGACAGUACAUGGACAAAAUCAUCCUGUCCAUCCUGGACCACAACCCCUCCAUUCUGGAGAUAAAGACCUAG